AUGAGUUUUCUCGAUUCCGUUCUCUCGUCUCUUCAGACGGGUAAGCCCGCGCAACUGCCACCAACUCAGGCACCUACCUCGCCUGCACCUGCUUCAAUCCCCAAAAAAGAGGAUCGAAAGCCGAUCGCUGUGCGUCAGGCGCCUCCGACCAGUGGGAAUAUUAGUGGAGGGAUUAAGCGCAAAGCUGAGGACCAGCUGCCCCGGGCACCAAAACCUGAAAGCAGGGCGACAAAUAGCCCUGCUGGAAUGAAGCCUAUGCUUACCACGAAGCCAACUGUACCAUCCACAGCAACAAAAGUUGCGCCAAAACCAGCCUCGGCCAACAUCCCCAAGCAAGCCCUGUCCAAGCCUACCCCUAAACCUAGCUUGGCUGCGGCCCCCAAAGUGGCAUCUUCGCAGAAGGCGCCCAACUCCAGACCCACCCCGGCAGCCGCUCCCACACAAUCGAAGCCGCCACCCAAAGGAUCUUUUGCGGAGAUAAUGGCCCAGGCAAAAGCUAAGCAAGAGACGGUACCUGUGGGAGUAGGCCUACUACGCCACCAAGCCGGUCCCAAAGAGAGACUUACCAAAGUGGAGAGAAAACGGCGCAUGAUGGAAAUGCAGGCAAAAGAGAAAGAAGCGCGAUCGGGAAGGAAAGCUGGACCGGGUGUUUCUGCCAAGGAUAAGCCUGCUAUCCGGCAGCGUGAUUCACAGGAGCCCUCAUACAAGGGCACGGCCAAGCCGACUCAAACUCCCGAGCCACCUAUCUACCGUGGAACUGCGGGCCUGCCGUCAAAUCGUGGCGGAAAAGACCGUCGAUACCAGUCUCGCAACUCCCGCCAGAACGAAUAUCUCGGAACUGACGAAGAAGAUGAGGGCGACCUCGGUGGCUACGACGAUUACUACUCCGAUGCAUCAUCCGACAUGGAGGCUGGAAUAGAUGAUGUCGAUCGCGAAGAGGCGGCUGCAUUGGCAUAUGCCAAACGAGAGGACGAGAAAGAGCUGCGGGCAGAAAUGGCGGCUAAGAAAGAGAAGUUGGAGCGCCAGCGGAAAUUGGCUGCUCUUGCUUCUCGAGGCAAGCGUUGA